GAUAGAACAAAAUCGAAAACUCUGUUUUUUUUCUUGAUUCGAUCAACAAUCGUUGAAAAGAUGCACAGAGGAAUCGAAGUUAUGUCACCAGCAACAUAUCUAGAGACAUCAAACUGGUUGUUUCAAGAAAACAGAGGAACCAAAUGGACAGCUGAAGAAAACAAGAAAUUCGAAAACGCUUUAGCCUUUUACGACAAAGAUACUCCUGACAGAUGGUCCAAAGUCGCUGCCAUGCUUCCCGGAAAAACCAUCGGAGAUGUGAUCAAACAAUACAGAGAGCUUGAGGAAGACGUUAGCGACAUCGAAGCAGGUCUUAUACCAAUCCCUGGCUACGCUUCGGAUUCAUUCACACUCGACUGGGGAGGCUACGACGGAGCCGGUGGUAACAAUGGGUUUAACAUGAACGGUUAUUACUUCUCCGCCGCCGGAGGAAAGAGAGGAUCCGCCGCACGAACGGCGGAGCAUGAGAGGAAGAAAGGUGUUCCAUGGACAGAAGAAGAACACAGACAAUUUCUCAUGGGUCUAAAGAAAUAUGGAAAAGGAGAUUGGAGAAACAUAGCUCGUAACUUUGUGACCACAAGAACGCCAACGCAAGUCGCAAGUCACGCUCAAAAGUAUUUCAUACGUCAAGUCAACGGUGGCAAAGACAAACGCCGAUCAAGCAUCCACGAUAUCACCACCGUCAACAUCCCCGACUCUCCUGACGCUGCAGCCGCGGAUAACGCAACCGCUAACGCACCUUGCUCGCCGCCAUCAAUAGGAGGAAGCCAGCGGGAAACGUCGGAAUGGGAAGGUCAAACACUAUACGAUGAAACAGCGGCUGCGUUUUAUAAUCAAAACGCGUUUUCAGAAUCGCUACUUGGAAUGUCUUCGACGCCGUACAUGGCUAAACUGCAAGAGCAGAGUUUUCUGAACGCAUCGCAAUUCGAAUCGUACAAUGCGUAUCUCCAAAUGUAGCACAAGGUGAAGAUCUCGGAGAAGUUACGAGUUAUAUAAUCAUUAAUAAUUUUUACUAUUUUUG